GCCAGUCCGCCUCACACUGACUCGCAGAACCAGUUGGUUUGGCCCAGCUUCUUCUUUUCCUGCCUCCUCUCGCUGUGAGUGAGUGAGUGAGUGAGUGUGCUCUGCUGCUGCUGCUGGCUGGCUGCUGCUGCUGUUGUUGUUGCCUGGUGUCAACCUACGCCGACGAGAGAGAAGGAAGACAUAUCCCUCCCUCUCCUGUGUUAGAGGGCCGCUUCCAAUUUGCCUUCACUUUCCUCCUCGCCGGCACCAUUGGCUUCCUCUCCGUGCCAGUCAACUCGCCUCCUUUUCCCCGAGUUGAGCAGCAACAGCUCGGAAACAUCUGGCCGCCGCAGAGUGCUACACUCCCCGUCCCCUCCCGCCUGCCUGCCUGCUCGCCUCGGCACUCGGCAGCCUGUUAUGGAAAUUAGUCCAAAGUCAAUCUAGUUUUGUCUCCGAAGAAAGAGGGGAGAGGAGAGGAGGAAGAAAAAAGAGAGAGGAGAGGAAAAGCAUUUUGACGGAGGAAGCACGGGAAGACGCUGGACCUUGUUGUCUGUUAUGAGGACGGCAGGAUGGAGUUCCCAGACCACAGCAGACAUUUACUCCAGUGUCUAAGCGAGCAGCGGCACCAGGGCUUCCUGUGUGACUCCACGGUGCUGGUGGGCGAUGUCCAGUUUCGUGCUCACCGUGCUGUGUUGGCCUCCUGCAGCAUGUACUUUCACCUCUUCUACAAGGAUCAGCUGGACAAAAGAGAUGUGGUGCACCUCAACAGCGACAUUGUCACAGCCCCAGCGUUUUCCCUGCUCCUGGAGUUCAUGUAUGAGGGCAAGCUGCAGUUCCAGGAUCUUCCCGUAGAGGAUGUUCUGGCAGCGGCCAGCUACUUGCACAUGUAUGACAUUGUCAAGGUGUGUAAGAAACGUUUGAAGCAGAAGGCCACAGCGGAGGCAGACAGCACGCGCAGGGAGGAGGAUGGGUCCAGCUGUUCCGAUAAGGCCGACAGUCUCUCAGACGGUUCUACAGGCCGGCCUGCUACUGCCGACCUGCUGCACAGUGAUGAAGAGGAGGAGGGAAAGGCAGAGGGAGGACCAGUGUGGCUGAGGCUGCCGACCGCUGACAGACCAGGGACGCCAGCCAUAGCGACAACCAGCCCAGGGCACAGUGAGGUGGAGACGCAGGCUGGGGAAGGGUUGGGGGAGAGAGGGAAGCUCCUCUCUCCAGCCGGCAGCCCCACCAGCUCCACUGGAUCUCUCUCCCAGAGAUCCCACCGCUCCGUCAGCUCUCGUGGAGGGCACAGGGGCAGGAGAGUGUCAAAUGAUGCGGCUGACUGCGUCCUGGAUCUGUCAGUCAAGCCGAUUGCCGGUAGCAACCACAGUAACCAUCACCAGUCCUACUUCAGCGGAGCAGCUACACCAGACAGCCUCCAAAGUCCAUUGGCUGUGAGGGUGAAGGUUGAGCGGGGCGUGGCUUCAGAAGAGGAAGAGGAACUGGGCGGUGGGGACUACGAAAUGGAGCACAGUGGCAUUACCAAGGCAACGGUUCCCAGCACCAAUGGGGGCCUGACCCACCACGGGGUCGGAGGGCCUCUGUCGGCCCAGCGGAGGCUCGGCCUGGAAGCGCACCUGUCUGCUCUGCGAGAGGCCUCUCUGGCCUCAGAGCUGGAGCGGGAGGAGAAGCCCUCGGCCACAGCGGACGACGAGGACAUUUUGGCGGGUGAAAAUGAGCGUGCCCAGGCCGAGGCGGCCAGCAUGGAUAACUCCCUGCUACCUUACGUCUCCAAUAUGUUGUCAGCUCAACACACCCAGAUCUUCAUGUGCCCGCUGUGUAAUAAAGUUUUCCCCUCCCCGCAUAUCCUCCAGCUUCACCUCAGCUCCCACUUCAGGGAGCAGGAGGGCAUCCGCUCCAAGCCUGCCGGAGACGUCAAUGUGCCCACCUGCACCAUCUGCAGCAAGACCUUCUCCUGCAUGUACACGCUGAAGCGCCACGAGCGGACACACUCCGGUGAGAAACCCUACACCUGCACCACCUGCGGCAAGAGCUUCCAGUACUCACACAACCUCAGCCGCCACGCAGUGGUGCACACGCGUGAGAAGCCUCAUGCUUGUAAGUGGUGUGAACGGCGCUUCACGCAGUCUGGGGACCUCUACCGACACAUCCGCAAGUUCCAUUGCGAACUGGUCAACUCGCUGUCAGUGAAGAGUGAACCGCUGGCACUGCCCAAUGUCAGGGAUUGGGCGAUUGAGGACAGCUCCCAGGAACUGUGGAAGUAGAUACAGACUGCUGGGUGGAUAAAGGGAAAGAGACCGGAGAGUGAAAGAAGGGCAGAGAGGCAUGGGGAGGUGAUAGGCAGGUGGCAAAGUUUGUUAUUUGGGGGUUUAAGUGAGUCAUGUUCUUGUAUGUCGCAAAAUCUCAUUCAAUUGCACUUUAAUAGCACAUGAAAAUGUUACUACUGAGUUUUUUUUGUUGUUGUUUGGGGAAUUUUGUUUUUAUUCUAUUUUAUUCUGAAUACUUAUUUUUAUUUGGCACAAAUUCUGUUUGGUGGCUUUCAUUGCGUCUAAGGACAUGUGUCCCAGUGAGAAGGUCUCGCCUUUUUUGAAGAGUUUUCGCUUUGUGUUUCAUCUCAGACACAUCACUCCGACGCUGGCCAGCCUAUUGGUCCCAGUUUCACAGACAGCAAACACCACGGCAGGAGUUCAGGUCGAACACACUGAAGUGAAAAAGCAUUACAAUACACUAAACGGGUACUGUGAUCACCACGAGUCGAUACCGCCACACACAGAUUGAAGAAAUGUGUGUGCGUGCGAUACUGCACUACUCUGGCAAAAAGUUCACCUGACGUGCGUGAGUGUGUAUGAGUGUGGUUUGUGUGUAUUAAUUUUAUUUUCUACUGGCAUGGAGGUGUUGUUGGCGAAGCGCUCCCCGCUUCUCUUGUUUAGCUCUUUGGUGUUGUGUGUUCAGGGGAAAGCUGACUGACUGACAGGCGAACUGAUGGCACUCAUGCAAUGCACAGUCUCCUUUUUUCACUUCCAAUCAAUUUGAAGUAUUUUCUAAAAAUGAAAAGACCUUUACAAAUAAUUAUGAUAAUUAUUAUUAUUGUUAUUAAUAGAAUUUUUUUCUUAAAUCUAGCUGGCAGUCUUUAAAACAUCUCUUGUUGAAAAGGUAUUUAAUUUAAGGUUGUAUAUUGUUCUGCUAUAGUUUUAAAUCUUAAUUUUUUCUUUUUUAAAUUAAUGAUUAUUAUUAUUAUUAUUAUUAUUUUGUUACUUUUUUUGUAAUGGGACCUGCUGUUGUUGCAUGACGUCCAAACUUGUAUAUUUUAAAAUAAAAAUGUGAAUUUGCUGUA